GAGCCGAAGGUGCUGCUGCCUCCCGAGCCUGCAGCAGCAGCAGCAGCAGCAGCAGCAGCAACAGCAGUUUGCUGCAGCAGCUGCGGCAACUUUGCUGUUGUGGGGUACGCCGAUGGCCGCAUGCACAAAUUUAAUCUGCAGUCGGGGCUGCACCGUGGGGAAUUCAAAAGAAACAAAAGCAGCAGCAGCAGCAGCAGCAGCAGCAGCAGCAAGCUGCAGCAGCUAAAAAAAGCCCACAUAGGCAAAAUUUGUGGGGUGUUUAUGGUGGGGCCCUCUUUGGUUCUUUCUGCUUCUUCAGACCCAGAAGACUGCAGCCUGGCUCUGUGGGACUUGGGGAGUUUGGCGCUGCAGCAGCAGAAGCUGCUGCUGCUGCCGGACGGCAGCAAAGGCGGAGGCGUGUGUGGGGUGUGUCAGUGGGGUGUAUGUACAGCUGUGGGGUUUAGAAACGGAGUGGUGGGACUUUUGGAUUUAUUUUCUUUUUCAUUUUUUCGCUUUUUCAAAAACCCUUCAAACUUUUCCAUUUCCACCUUUGCGUUUUCCCCCGACGGCCGCUUCCUCGCGCUCGGGUGUACAGACACCUCAGUCUGGAUCUACGAUCUUUUUGCUGCUGCUUUUUCCGACACUUUUUCUUUCAAGUGUCUUCCCAGCUGUUUGCUCUUCGACCCCCCCGCUGCGAGGCUCCUCGUGGCUCUCGACUCCCCCAAAACUGGCAUUUAUGAACUUACAAACAAAUGCCUCUUAAGUGACAACCCGGGGGCCCCCCUGCUGCAGGGGCCCCCCAAGGGUCCGGUGCCCAUGGACGGGUCUUCUGCUGCUGCUGCUGCUGCUGCUGCUGCAGCAGCAGCAGCAGCAAAUGAGGCAGAGUACAGCGAAGAUCCUGCUGCUGCUGCUGCUCUGCUGAAUUACAAAAGUAAAGAAAGUCCUUUAGAAGUGGGAGCAAUAACUCUUUCGGGUGUAUCGACAGCUCGCGUACACUCCAUUUUGUAUCUCGAUGAAAUGAAGGCCUCCGCAGCGCCCGUAAAAGCCCCGGAAGUUUUGUCGGAAGUUCCUUUCUUUUUGCCGGGGCGUUACAGCGAGGCUUCGGGUGUACAUACACCUGAGGCGGAGCUGGAGUUGGAGCUUUUUGGCGGCAAAAAGGCAGCAAAUGAAGCGGAAGAAGAAAAAAAGAAAAAACAAAAAACAAAUAAAUUCAAAUCAAGGCUUCAGAAGCUCUUGGGUGUAAAGACACCGAAGAAAGAAAAGAAGUUCCAAGAUAUCCUCAGCUACCUCAAGACACUCUCCCCCACCGCCGUCAACUUGGCCCUCGCAGAACUGGGGCCCCUCGUGGAAGCUCCCGAGGAGGAAGUGGGUUUUUAA